GCGGGGCGGGGCAGCUGAGAGUGGCCCCCGGGUGGGGCCAUGGAAAAGCAGGAGGCUCCGGGGGCUGCUGGCGGCCUCAGUGGGGAAUCCCCGGGAGGGGCAGCCAAGGGUGUGCCAGGAGGAAUCGGAGGAGUCGAGGCACACGCCGGGCCGCCCUCCGGUGUCAUCCUGUUUCACGGUUCUGGGACCUCCCUGCACUCUGGGGGAGUCGUAACUUGCUGUCCUGGUUCUAGCCGACCCUCCGGGGGGGCAGCAGUCCUCGGUUCCGGGCCCUACCAGCACCCUGCGAGGGUUGCAGACCUCAGCGCUGGGUCCGGCACAUACCCUGACGGAUUAAAUGCCCCCUUCCCUGGAACCAGUGUAUGCAGGACCUGCCGGCCCCGGUCCGGGUGUUCUGGGGUGUUCAACUCGGAAUGCAGUCCACCGCGCUCCGAGUCAACUCUCUUGCACUCCCACAAACCUUGUGAGGACCGGCCCCGCAGCAUCCUAAAAACCAGCACCUCCAUCUUGAUGCAGAAAUCCCCCAGGGCAGAGAAGAAGAAGUCCCAGCGGUGGGAUGAAAUGAAUAUCCUGGCCACCUACCACCCCGCUGGCAAGGAUUAUGGAUUUAUGAAGGUGGAUGAGCCCAGCACUCCCUACCACAGGCUGCAGGACAGUGACGAGGACCCGCCUGGGGCAUCUUCUCGCUCGGUAACUCCCCAGGCACUGGCGGAAAGGUUUGCAACAAUGGACAAUUUCUACCCCAAGGUCCUGCAGUACAGCGAUAACAGAAGCUCGGGGUCUUCAGACAGCUUUUCCAAGACACGCUCCAGUGAUUUUGACAAGCACCGAAAGUCACACUAUGAUGAAGGAAAGUUCCUCAAAGCUCAGAGAAAUCUUCCCUUCAGUAAUAACAAGCACAACAACGAGGCCAGCACCAGUAUGGGCCGUGGCAGUCGGGGCGCGAUGCUGGACCCGGAGCCCAGGCCCGUGGAGAGAGGCUGGACGGGAGGACUGGCCAGAGGAGUCAAAGAUGAGAUUGGCCUGGUGACCAGGAACCACAUCCCAGAAAUCAAGGAUUCCCCUGUCUUCAGAAAUCGGUCCCCACCUUCAGCCACCAUCGUGUCGGACCAGGAGAUUGAUCUGCAACGCAAGGAGUAUUACAGCAAAGGAAGGUACCUCAGGUGCUCUCCCCACCCGGAGCUCGAGGAGGACACGGAAGAUGAGCCUGAGCAGCAGGACACCUCUGCAAAUUUUAACUGGGUGAUUGAGAAUCCCAUAAGCACUGAAGUCCGUCUGCUGGACCACACAGAAAGCCCCGUCCAGGAUCCCCGGACCCCCGAAGAGUCCCUGGCAGGGACAACAUCGCAGCCUGGUGCUGCCCUGUCCUCCAGAGACAGAGCAGAGUCGGGCUGGUAUCAGUGGCGGGUAUCCAAGGGGCUCAACUGGCGAAGCCCAGAAAGCUUGGAGAAGGAACCUGGAAGCAGCCCACACUCCCCACACCAAAACCAAUGCAGACACAAAACCCUGUGGCUUCGAUGGACUCAAGAAGAGGGAAGCAGACAAUGGAAAAUGUAGCCAGCUGGGGAUGGGGUGGGGACCAGCCUCUCCCAGCCCUCACCGCCCUCGAGGUGGGCAAUAAAGAGAAGUGCAGGA